AUCUUACCAGCAGCCAAGUAAAGCAAUCAUGGAACAACAAGACAUCCUGUUCUACACGUUCCUCUCCUUUAUCUCCAUCCUUUUCUUGCUCCAAACAAAACGUCGGCGUUACAAAAACCUCCCACCAAGCCCACUUUCCCUCCCAAUCCUUGGCCAUCUCCAUCUCCUCAAAAUCCCCAUCCAUCGAACCCUCCAACGCCUCUCACAAAAACACGGCCAUAUUUUCUCUCUCUGGUUCGGCUCACAGCGUGUGGUCAUCGUCUCAUCCUCGUCAGCCGCACAAGAAUGCUUCACCAAAAAUGACAUCGUUUUGGCCAAUCGUCCUCGCUUGCUUGUAAGCAAGCACUUAGGCUACAACUACACCACCAUUGGCACGGCCCAAUACGGCGACCACUGGCGCAACCUCCGCCGCAUUGGGGCCAUCGAGAUCUUCUCAACCUCUCGACUCAACGCAUUCUUGAACAUCAGAAAGGACGAAGUCAAACACUUGCAACUCAAACUUUCACAAAACGCACUUGACGAUUUUGCGAAGGUGGAGCUCAAGUCCAUGUUUCUGGAUCUCACUUUUAACGUCAUAAUGAGAAUGGUGGCCGGGAAGAGGUACUACGGCGAGGACGGAUCGGUGGACAAAGAGGAGGCCAGGCAGUUCAGAGAGAUCAUGGAGGAGAUUUUUGCUAAUGCUGGGGCAGGGAACCCGGCGGACUUCUUGCCCAUUUUGAAUUGGGUCGGGAGUGUACAUGGGUUUGAAAAGAAGGUGAUGAAGCUGGCUAGGAAGAUGGAUGCGUUCUUGCAAGGUCUCAUUGAUGAGCACAGGAGCAAGGGUAGAAAUGGAUGUACAAUGAUUGACCAUUUGCUUUCUCUGCAGGAGUCACAACCUGAGAAUUACAGUGACCAAAUUAUCAAGGGGCUUAUUCUGAUCAUGUUGUUGGCGGGUACUGACACAUCAGCAGUGACACUAGAAUGGGCCAUGUCCAAUUUGCUUAACCGUCCGGAUGUGCUACAAAGGGCAAGAGCUGAACUCGAUGCUCAAGUAGGCCAAGAACGCUUGGUGGAGGAACAUGAUAUCUCUAAACUGCCCUAUCUUCAAAGUAUCAUCUCCGAGACUUUUCGAUUGUACCCAGCUGCCCCAAUGCUACUACCACAUUUUUCAUCAGAUGAUUGCACUAUUGGGGGAUUCGACGUGCCACGUGGUACAAUGGUAUUGAUCAAUGCAUGGGCCAUACAUAGAGAUCCAAAGUUGUGGGAUGAUCCUGAAAGCUUCAUACCUGAGAGGUUUCGGAGUGGUGAGGAUUUGUCACACCAACUGAUGCCAUUUGGACUGGGAAGAAGGUCUUGUCCAGGAUCAGGCCUUGCCCAACGUACGGUGGGCUUGACUUUGGGAUCAUUGAUACAAUGCUUUGAUUGGGUGAGAGUUAGUGAGAAGGAAAUUGAUAUGGCAGAAGGUAAAGGCCUAACAAUGCCUAAACUUGUACCAUUAGAGGUCAUGUGUAAAGCACGCCGGAUUAUCAACAAGGUUUGAUAGAACUAAUAUCCAGAAUUGCGAAGCAUUAUCAUUGCGGGAAGUUA